GGCUGCGCUUCUGCCCAAGAGGCCAUUCCGCCGCCUGGCUCACCAACGAACUCUCCUCGCGAUCCAUUUCCCUUCGCAUUCCUCAGGCAAUGCCCAAGAAGCUGGCCCUCCUCGGUACGGGUCUCGGCCUCGUUGUUGGCGCUGUUAUCGGCGGAGCGUCAACGUACUACUAUCUCAAGCCAUCGCAGACUAUCCUAUCAACGAAGGUCUCCACGUCCCCUGUUGGUGCCGUCGGCGAGCCCAUCAGCAAGCACGUAGUCGCUGCCAAGGACAUUUUACACAAAGGAUUCCCUGGACCCGUCUCCGAUAUUUUAUACCGACAGGCAUACGUCGGAUCCUACAACCGAUCCCUUCGCAAUCCCAACUGGGUGGCUGAGCACUUGACAAAGGCGGCGCUUGAUGGAAACGGAGACAGUCCGGAUCGAAGCAAAUCAACAUUCAAGGAAGACCAGUCGAUUCCCAGCCCAUUCCGUGCUCAUUUGCAAGACUAUUCCGGAAGCGGGUUCGAUCGUGGCCAUCUUGUGCCAGCCGCCGAUGUCCAGGUAUCUCAAGAAGCCGUCAACGAAACGUUUUUAUUGAGCAACAUCAGCCCUCAAGUCGCAAAAGCCUUCAACCGCGGAUACUGGGCAUAUUUUGAAAAAUUUGUCCGGGAUCUCACCAAGACGUUCGAUGACGUCUAUGUUGUAACAGGGCCUCUGUAUCUCCCCCACAAAGGAAGCGAUGGCAGGUUCUAUACAACAUACGAGGUUAUAGGCAACCCGCCCAACACAGCGGUGCCAACGCAUUUUUUUAAAGUGAUUUUGACUUAUCACAAGGGCCAGUAUGCAAUGAGCGGAUUUGUUCUUCCAAAUCAAAAGAUCGGCGACCCACCGUUGGAUAGCUUCCUGACUCCAGUCGAUGCCAUCGAGCGAAGCACCGGGUUGGUCUUUUUUCCCGAACUUGAGAAUAAGUCAGCACUUCCGUGCAUUUGUUCCAGGACCAAGUGUGCAGUAACCUCAUUCAAAUUCGCCGCCAAGCAGCUCCUCGAGUAAUGAGCCUGCAUACAUCCACAGCUCGUUGAUCUUCCGAGUAAUCUCGGAAGGGUGGGGUUAUCUGUGUCUACCGCGCUUUCCGAAAGCCUACGGACACACACACGCUCUUUGACUGCUCUUGAUUUUGGAUGAAAUACCAAGCAUCUCGCAUCCUCAAUGACCGUCCAUCC